AUGAUCAACUACUGCCUCUACCGGAGAAGAUCAUGGAAGCUUGUGGACAAUUUUGCCCAAUGGUUUCGAGUAACCAAAAUUUUGGAUUCCAUGAAAACCAUGGUUUAUUCAAAAUCAGAAACCGUCCCAGAUUAUUUGAAAGAAUUCAUAUUCGAUGAACUGAGGAUAAAAUCAAGCAAAGCGAAGACGUUAAGCGACGUCGUAAAGGCGUCAAAGCAGAGAGGCAACUCUGCACUGUCUAGAAACUCGUCGAGCUACGCCAAGCUGAAAUGGAGCGUUUCGGAGUUUCAAUACGGCGAAAGCCUUCUGGUUUGGCACUUAGCCACCGAGCUUUGCCAGAUGAUCCGGAGGACAGGUCGAGCUACGGCGGUGAUGGGAAGAGAAUCAGACACUUGUGCUGAAGUGAAGAGGUACUUGAACAAUAAUGUUGCACGUGUAUGA